GUCCAUGGCCCGCACCCCCAAGCUGCCACUGCAGCAGUAAGAGUGGCAGCCGGGGACUUGGUCCAUGCUGUGCCCUCCGGACGGUGCUGGUGAGGCUAAGCAACAGGUCUGCACAUUGUGACAUCUAGGAGAGCAGGGACGGAAUCUAACCAGGGUUAAGGAUCAUGUUGCGCCGCAAGCCCUCCAACGCCAGCGAGAAGGAGCCCACCCAGAAGAAAAAGCUCUCCCUUCAGCGCUCCAGCAGCUUCAAGGAUUUUGCCAAAUCCAAACCCAGCUCCCCCGUGGUGAGCGAGAAGGAAUUUAAUCUGGAUGAUAAUAUUCCAGAAGAUGAUUCAGGUAUCCCCACCCCAGAGGAUGCUGGGAAAAGUGGCAAAAAGCUGGGAAAGAAAUGGAGAGCGGUGAUAUCCCGAACCAUGAACAGGAAGAUGGGCAAAAUGAUGGUGAAGGCCCUAUCAGAGGAGAUGGGAGACACUCUGGAGGAGGGCUCCGCCUCCCCAACAUCUCCAGAUUGCGGCCUGGACAGCCCUGGCCCUGAGAAAAUGGCCCUGGCCUUUGCUGAGCAGGAAGAGCAUGUACUCCCAGUGCUCAGCCGCCAGGCAUCAAUGAGCAGUGAGCUCAACAGCCCCAGCACAGGCUCUGGCAGCUUUGGGGAGGAAUCACCUGCUCCACUGUACAUAGGACCCUUCUGUGGCCGAGCUCGAGUCCACACCGACUUCACUCCCAGCCCCUAUGACCAUGACUCACUGAAACUGCAGAAAGGAGAUGUGAUCCAGAUCAUUGAAAAGCCACCUGUGGGCACAUGGCUGGGCCUGCUCAAUGGCAAGCUGGGCUCUUUCAAAUUCAUCUACGUGGAUGUGCUGCCUGAGGAGGCUGUGGGGCCUACCCGCCCUGGCCGCCGACAGAGCAAGGGCAAAAGGCCCAAGCCCAAGACUCUGCAUGAGCUGCUGGAGCGCAUUGGCCUGGAGGAGCACACGUCCACCCUGCUUCUCAAUGGCUACCAGACACUGGAAGACUUCAAAGAGCUACGAGAAACACAUCUCAAUGAGCUAAACAUCAUGGACCCACAACACCGGGCCAAGCUGCUCACGGCUGCAGAGCUGCUGCUGGACUAUGACACUGGCAGUGAGGAGGCCGAAGAAGGCGCUGAGAGUGGCCAUGAACCAGUGGUGCACACAGUGUCAGAACCCAAGGUGGACAUCCCACGUGACUCUGGAUGCUUCGAGGGCUCAGAGAGUGGGCGUGAUGAAGUGGAGCUGGCAGGCACGGAGGAGCAGCUGCAGGGCCUCUCCCUAGCUGGGGCGCCUUGAGGUAGAGGUGGCGCAGGCCAAGAUCAGGCCUGAGCUGCAGAGGCCGCAGGGAUGAAAAGCCUGGGCCCAGAGGACAGUGCCACAGGCCUGGCCAGGGCCCUAUAGGCUCUGCUGAAGUAGACUAAGGGCCACCCAAAGGCACAUCCCACCUGCCCCUCCCUCUUCCAAUGACUGACAGCACAGCACUCCUGGCACCAUCCAUUCCCCUAGGCCACAGCCAUAGCAGGUGGAACACCAAGGGCAGAAAGCUGAAUGUACUACAAUUUCCUUGUCUCUAUCAUUCUUAGAGGUUUGGCUGCCCAUUCACUAUGAAAUCUGAACCAAGUGCUUUCCCCUCUGGGCUUUGUACUUGCUGGAAUAGGAUGGGUAGUCACUGCGGACCUUCCAGGCCAGCUCUGACAGUCUACAGUUUUAAAUGUUUGCUCUCCUGCUACCUGUGGCCUGCGGCACCAGUGGGGCUUAUUGAGGAGGCUAGAGGAGCCUCAGGCUCUCAAGUGAAAUGGUUCUUCCUGCCUAUCCAUUUCAUACCUUCCGUGUGACUCAGGCUCAGCUCUUAACUUCCUCCAGUUUAAAACAAUGCCUAUACCUCAAAGGCUAUGUGCCCCUUUCCAUUCCUGGCCCUCUCAAAUGAGACUUCCCCCAAGACUAAUAACAGGUGGUCAUCCCUGACUUCCAAGGACACAAAUGCUCCUCAGAUGCCAGUUGUAGGUCUGGGUCCAGACUUAGCCAUGUGUGUGGGUCCUUACAAACAAAGAAAGCACUAAGCUCAACAUUGAGAAAUCCACUGGCCAAAACUCCUUUGCUAAUGUUUUGGUGUACCCUGAGUUCCAGAAAGUGUGGAGGGUGUCUGGCAAUAAAGGCCUCCCUUGACCUCAGUAGCCAAUCUUUGCCACAUAAAUCUCCCAGAAGAGCCCUUCCCCAGUACAGGACAGGCAGUGCCCACUACCUCUAGGACUGCCUGCUUUAUAGUCACACUUCUUGACCUGCUACCAGAAACUCUGGGAAAAGCUAGCUUUGGAGAAGGGGCUAGGUAGAAAUAAGAGGGGAUGGAGGGAGAGAAAUUAGAAGCAAUAAAAUAUAGGUAGAAUUAAAUCACUGUCUUCAGUUAUCUUUCCUAUGGAGUGAGGAGAGGGGCAGACAGGUGUCCACGCUGGUCUCAGCAAAAUAUCCCUCCUCUUCCCUUUCAGGGCCAUCCAUCCCCUUCUUGAUGAUGCCCAAUGCCCUUGGUUCUGCUUCUCUAAAGCUCUAUCUGAAUCCUGGGUUGGUUCUGCCCUUCUCUCUAAGCAGCCCUUCUGAGAACAGGGCUCUAGUCCCCCCAUGGCUACAGCUUUCCUGGAGUCCAAGCAUAGACCAAAUGGAAACUACUUCCAUUUUCUUGUAAUAGUUCAUUUUAAUAAGAACCUUGAAGGUCCUCCUCCCUGUGGAGGGCUAGCAUUGGAGGGCUGUCCAAAGUGCAAGAGGUGAGAGCUGCAGUCAACAUGGCCUUUCCCCUGAAGCCCUCUUCCAGAGGCCUGCCCUGUACCUACUAAAGUGGCACUGAGCAGGAUGGAAAUGCCUGACCUCCUCCAUUUCUGCUGCAUUCACUACAUUAGAGAGGGCAGAUGAGUGAGAGUUGUCACCAGAGUGAUGACAAGGUCACUCUUUUUCAGGUUGCCUUCUUGCCCAUAUUCCUCCUGGUGCCUGUAGUGACUGUGGGCCUGAGGAAACUGUGAGCAUUAUCCUCAUCCAAGAAACAUGAGCCCUAACAACCUCAAAGCCACAAAAGGACUGAAUUAUUAUCGCCCUUAGUGAGCACAGGUGCAGAGAACUUUACAUAUAUUAUAGCAUGUGGUCCUCAGUGAACCCCUAAGCUAGAUACUAUCAACAUCUCAACUUGAAGAGAAGGAAAGUGAGGCUCACAGAGGUUGAUUAUGAAGUUGCAAAGCCAGAAGUCUGCCUGACUUGCAAGCCCAUGUCAAGCACCUAUGCAGUGCUUCUCAAAAGGCCCCUUGCAACAAGCUUGUCAGAGGCUGUAAGCACUUCAGAGGGCAAUAUGACCAUCUGGCUCAGCCUUUCCCCUUCCAAAAUACAGUCUACAAAGCAUCACACAAAUGCACAAAGAUACAUGGACAAAGACAGGUCCCCUGAUAUUAGAAACCUGGAGCCGGUUGUGGUGUUACAAUCCUAUAUCCCACUACUCUGUGAGGCUGAGGUAGGAGGAGUGCAAGUUUAAACCCAGCCUGGACAACUUAGUGAGACUGUGUCAAAAUUUAAAAAGAGCUGGGGAUGUAGCUCAGUGCAAAAGCCAUAGUCCUAGCUCCAAUACCCCUCACCCCAACAAAAAAAGAAUCAUGUGCAUCCAACCUACAGCCUAUGGGUCAGACACACCAAAGCUACUAUAAUGAACAGUAUUUUUAAAUGUAGGGAGUUUUG